CUGAAAAUCGAAGAAGCCGAAGCGGUGAGCGACAAAGACGAGGAAGAGGAAGAGAGCGAGUACGAAUAUACGGAUUCUGAAAGCGAAAUCGCUCCCCGUCUCAAACCGGUUUUCGACUGUCGAAAGUUUGACCUGCGUGAACGUGCUUCACUCCUGGAAUCGGAGAAGGCACAACAACGACUGAAAGAUUUGCAUUUUGAGGAACGAAAGAAGGCUGAAGAACGUCGAAAGCAGUCGGUGAAGCUCGUAGAGGACUUGGUGAGACAGGAAAUUGAAAUGGAGAAGAGAAAAGUGGACGAUGAAGUGUUUGACCUUGAGUCAGCAGUAACUGACGACGAAAAUGAAGAACUUGCUUACGAACAGUGGAAAGUUCGGGAACUGAGACGAAUAAAACGGGAUAAGGAAGAGCGUGAAGCACGUCAAAAAGAAAAGUCAGAAUUAGAACGGGUUCACAACAUGAGUGAAGAGGAACGUCGUGCAUAUUUGCGUGCAAAUCCAAAAAUAAUCGAUAACAAGCAACAAAAGGGAAAAUACAAAUUUCUGCAAAAAUACUUCCACCGUGGUAUAUACAAGCGGAAUUUUGCCGAACCCACAUUGGAGGAUCACUUUGACAAAACGAUCUUGCCCAAAGUUAUGCAGGUGAAAAACUUUGGCAAAGCUGGACGGACAAAAUGGACCCAUUUAGUAGCUGAGGACACGACUGAUUUUCAGUCAGCAUGGGUUGCCGACACUUCUCAAAAUAUAAAGUUUUUCAAUAAACACGCGGCUGGAGUUAAAGACAUUUUCGACAGGCCCUCCGCAAAGAAGCGAAAGAAGUGA